AUAAUGCUAAUAGUCAAAAAACAAUUGAAAAAGAAUCAAUACAAGAAAAUGAUUUAGAAAUAGAUGAAUCGAUAGAAGAAAGUUCCUUUUCACAAGAAUAUAAUUUGUCGAAUAUGAAUGAUAUAGAUUAUGUUGAUAUUGAUAUGGAAAUUUAUCAUGUAGAUAAUAUGAAUAGUUCAGGUAAUAUGGACGAUACAGGUAGUAGAGAUAAUAUAAAUAGCAUAGGCGAUAUAAGCGAUAUAGAAAUAUAA